UUCAGUUGGAAUUCAAUGAAAACUGGUAAUCGAUAUAAAGUUUCAGCUAUGUCUGUUAAAGUUUAUCGAUUAUGCCCUCCUUUUAAAUGCAUGCUAAUUUUAGUGUCAAUUCACAUUUCUUCGUGUCGAAGUCCUUUUAUCGAUAUUAGUUUCAAUGAAGUAAGUGACCGAAGUAAAAGAAUAUUAUCAUUAAAAAGCGAACUAAUGUUAUUAUCGCUCAUUAUAUAAUUUUUUAGAAAACCUAUAUGAAACCCCUAAUAUACCCUUAUUUUAUGGAUAAGAACUCAUAUAUCACAGCUGAUGCUGUUUGUACUUCAUAUUCACCUACUAAAGUUGUAAAACUUAAUGUCUUCUGGAUUCUAAAGACUGUAAAUUGUAUGGAAGAAAUGUAUAAUGCAGAAUUAGGGCGCAAAGAUCUACAAAGUAUUAUCGAACAUCCCAAGCAAUCUCAAAAUGAUACUGGUUCUCUUAUGAUGAUUAGUUACCAAAUGGCAACUAAUGAAACUUUUGCAUGUAGCCAGAAUAAAAUUUUUCGCUUUAAAGAUUACAGCGGUUUGCCAUAUAAUAAGGCUUUGAUUACAAAUAACAAGCACAGACAGCUACAUAAUCCAAGAUCCUAUCUUCGACAAAAUAAAUACGAAAGGAAGCGGGAUGAUGUUUUAACAACUACAUGGGAUUCGGCAAUGUAUCAUUUUGCUCUCUUUAUAUCACCUGAGAUAAAGGUUGAGAAUAGUUUUCAAUUUCAAGCAAAGAUAACAGUUCAUGGCCCAUACGGAUAUCUAUCAGCUUAUCUUUGGCCGUAUUUGGGUUUUGAGGGAACGAUGUCACUAAUAUAUACAUGCUUAAUGAUUUACUGGACUGUUAUAUGGCUAAAAAAAUAUCGGCAGUCAACUAAAAUACAUAUUGUCAUUGCAAUUGUAACAAUAGCAGGCUCAUUUGGUCAUACUUUAUAUUUUGUAUCGUUACUUGUUGAAAAUAUCACAGGAUAUAGUCCGUCAGGAAUCAGUUGGUUUUCUAAAGGAAUUUUAGCUAUUCAACUAGGUGCCACUAAAUUUCUUUUUCUGAUUAUCAGUACUGGAUAUGGUAUAACUCGAUAUAAUUUCCAAGUAAUCGAAACUGAGGAGGAAGAUUUAAAAGGAGAUACAAAAUUCGAAGAGAUUGCUCUAGAAGAGAUUUAA